CUGGGCUCUACUAAUCUGGCAUAGCAACGUUGAUUGACUGCGUAACGGGAACUGCCAAGAGCAGCUGGCUAGCCAGUUAUCAUGGAUGAGUUUCAAACUGGAGAGGAGACUGCCUUUGUCGUCGACGAAGUGAGCACUAUUAUCAAAGAGUCAGUUGAAGGAGCUAUUGGUGGAAAUGCUUAUCAGCAUAGCCGAGUGAACCAGUGGACCACCAAUGUAGUGGAACAGUGCCUGAGCCAACUCAGCAAGCUGGGCAAGCCUUUCAAAUAUAUUGUGACAUGUAUCAUCAUGCAGAAGAAUGGGGCAGGUCUGCAGACAGCCAGCUCAUGCUUCUGGGACAACACUACGGAUGGUAGCUGUACGGUCAGGUGGGAGAACAAGACCAUGUACUGCAUUGUCAGUGUUUUUGGCCUGGCAAUCUGAACUCCUUACCUGCACAGACCAGACACUAGUGUUCAUGAAUUAACUUUUCUGUGUAUCUAACCUGCUGGCAAUUUGACCAAAAUGUUCCCAAAAAUCUUUUUUUAUACCUUUUCCGGGCCUUAACAUUGUCAUGUUAAGAUUUGCUACAGUUUGAUUAGAUUAUUUUCUGUUUCCAA